UAUCAUCAAAGCAGUUAAUUUCGUCAGAGAUUUGUUUAGAAUGGACACCGACCUUAGUUAUGCGAACGCACCAAAUUCGAGACCGUACGUGUACAAAACCAAUAUGCAGAUGCUCACACAAUGGGCGCAGUCAUUUCCAGAGAAAGAAGCAUUUGUUGAAUAUGAUGCGAAUGCAAAGAGACAUUCCAUAACAUGUCAAGAAUUGUUAGAGAAAAGUAAAAAAUUCGGGCAUUAUGUGGCCAGUAUUGGGAUCCGGAAAGGCGAUACUGUCGCGUUCUGCAUGAAAAAUUCUUUAAACAUGCUUAUUUCAAUGUUUGGUGUACAAUUUGCUGGAGGAAUACCAAUAUCGACAAUGCAAAGUAUGGCAGACAGAAGUGACGUCAUAGACACAAUCCGUAACCACAAUUCCAAACUGUUAGUAAUGGACGCAAAAGAAGGGGACCAAAGCUGGAAUAUGUUUGAAAACGUUCGUUCAUCUGAAGAUACCUCACUUCUUGGAAUCAUAUACAAUAACACAUCGACCGAACUAUUCCAUCAUAACUUCAAAGAGAAUGCAAAUUGUGUUGUCAAUUUAACAAAUACACCGGAAGUACAACUACCGGAUGUGUAUCCUGAAGAUACUGCGGUAUAUUUCAAAACAUCUGGAAGCACCGGUAAACCGAAACUUGUAGGGCGUAGUCAUUUUGUAUUUUUUAACAGUACGUACUUAUAAUCAACGAUUGUCUUGGAAUAGACAGUAAGUCCCGUUUCUUUUGCGACAGACCGUUCGGGUGGGGCGUAGGAUCUCCAAGGACGUUCCUUGCCUCUGGAGCAACUCGAGUAUUCGUUGAUAGUUUCUUGUCGAUGCAGCAAAAAAGCAUUGAUCUGCUUUCUGAUAUCAUUCACCAAGAGAAAUGUACUCACGUGUAUCUACCCGGCUAUCUCAUCUCAGACUUACUUAAAAGUCAGGGAAAUGAAGCAAAGUUUUCAAAUGUCAGAGCUAUCAAAUAUUCCGGAGAAAGAUUCCAAAAGCAGUAUACAAAAUUAUUGGGACGUUUUUGUAAAGAACUUGUUAUAUGGUACGGGUCAGCAGAGACAGCUGGAGUAUCAGCAUUUUCCUCCCAGAAUUCCGAGGAAUACGAAGAUGGAAUCAUUGGGAAACCUCUGCCCGGAAUUGAGAUGAAACUUAUUGGCGAGAAUGGUAAUGUUGUACCGAUGGGACAGAGUGGAGAGUUGCAUGUUCGGAGCGUUUACAGAUUCCUGGAGUACAAAAACAUGCGGGAAAAGUUUCUUGACACAGUUGACAAUGGAAACUACGAACUGGUGAUCUGGCACAUAUACGAGCAGACGGCAAUUUUGUAUUGGCUGGUCGAACAAGUGACCAAAUGUCUGUUGGCAGCAUGAAGAUUUUUCCUCAAGAAGUCGAGAAAGUCUUACUAAAUUGCCCGGAAGUAGACGCCGUGAUAGUCGUUCCGGUUCCAGAUGAAAGACUUCACCAUGCGAUAUGCGCAUGUAUCGUUAUUUCAAAGACAAAAACUGUGGAUACGGACAAUAUGCACGAGCACUUUGCCCAUCUGUGGACGGACAAUGCUUUAUUCAAGCCGAAGUACUAUAUACCGUUUGAGAAAUUACCGGCAAAUGCGAGUGGUAAAACUGACAGAAAAAUGAUUGCCAAGAUGGCGGCUUCUGAACUGAAUCUGUGUUGAAAAUUAUCUAACAGGAUACAUAGAUGAGGAGGGCACGGAUCAGUUAAAAUGUUACAGAUUAUUAAUGUUAUAAUAUUAUUAAUGAAGCAAUUUCUUAUUAGCCUUGAUAUUUGACCAAGGGUUGUCGUAUUGGCCCGAGGCCGUAGGUACUUGAGAAUAAUUUUGAGAGAUAUUUUUGAUGCGACAUAAUCAAGAGUAACUAGAACUUACCUUAUUUUUUGGAAUUCCUGUUUAUUUUCUUUAGUGAGUAUCUUAUCAUUUGGACAGUGAUAAAAACUGCUUUAAAAGUCAUUUCCUUUUAGGCUGCAGGCAACGAGACACAAAAUUGUACACAUAUGUGUUGAUCAAGAUAACAGAACCAACCAAGCACAUAUUAUACACCCCCAUGCCUCGUUUAAUUCUUAUCCGAAAUUGUUUGCAGUUUACAACUGACACUCGUGUUCAGAUAUGUUUUUGGGCCAUAUAUGCUCGUGUUCGCCAAUUUAUUUAUCCCAUUUCCAGCAUGUGAAUCGCUAUUUAUCAUUGCACAAAUAGUCCACACUGUCAAAAUAUCUGUUAAAGAUAAGUCUCGUCCUUUUAAUUAAUCUGAGAUCCGCAUAUUUUCUCAUUAUUUUCCUUGAAAAUUGCCAGAAUUUCUGACAGGAAACACUUGUUUGUACCAAAGAGGUUCGGCACGAUGAGUGAUCAGCCGAGAAAUGAGAGAGAAAUCUCAUCCGAUUAUCAUACUACAUAUAUAAUAAGUACACAAUAUCGAAUAAGCGAAAGUAUCGUUGUAAUCUAUAAAGAAGUACAUCGACAUCGGAUGUCCGCUCAGUCAUACUUGGUUAUUACAAGAACAUGUUAGAUGACUUUUUUUGUCAAAAAUGUGAACAAUUGUAAUCAAUAACUCUGAUGUAAAACAAAAUGGCGUCAUUUAAAACUCUAACGGAAGUGACCUCUGUACUGGCCCUCUCUUUUGAACCAAUCAAAUUGCUUGAAUUAUGUAUUGGCCCUUUUUUUUCGUAUUGGCCCUGUUUUUCUCAUAUUGGCUCAGUCAUGUUUUGUAUAAGCUCUAUCUGUUUCAUAACUAUGUUGUUUGCAGUUGGUCUAAUACCGUGUGUAAUAUUGUAAAGUUGAAUAAUAAAUAUUUAUAUUAUAUAUUUCUCCGUGGUGUAUUGGUAUACAAACAGCGGGAAAGUUUUCAUUGCGGCGGCGGUCCAGGUCAGUCGAUUUCCGACUCUGGUUUAUUGUAUUUUAUUCGGAUUUGUUUAGAUAGUUUAGAAAUAAAAUCUCUUAUGAGCAUAAUAUGAUAAAACUUCAAUUUCAAAGAAAGAUCCUUUAGCCAAAUUCUGGAGGCCAGUGCCUAUAAGCUCAUUUGUCCUUUUUAACAUUAAUUUU